AUGAAGACAGCCUCAGAAGAAUCAAAUUCUCGGGCAAACACACCCAACGAAAAGCUUGAGGUUCAUGAACCACAUGCAAAUCAUGGAUCCAAACUCGACCAUGAACUUGCUGAAAAGCUUGGAGCAUCCCAUUUGAACAUUUUACCUACAAGGCAACUCAUAUCUGUUCUCGCAGUGUUAUCUUUAGGGCUUCUUAUGAUGAUGACCGAUCAAUCUGCCGUAACAGUUGCACUUCCAUUAAUAGGAAAAGACUUGCAUGCACAGAACACCAUCAAUUGGGCAGGUACCGCAUCUUUAUUAGCCAACUGUGUAUCACAGGUGCUUUUAGGGAGGUUUUCUGAUAUCUUUGGUCGAAAAUCAGUGCUAGUUUCUUCCCUCGUUAUACUUUCGAUUGCAGAGUUAUGCUGUGGAUUUGCUCAAACCGGACCCCAGUUUUACAUUUUCCGUGCCUUUUGCGGAAUUGGAGGAGGCGGAGUUCAAUCCAUGACGAUGGUCAUACUAAGUGACGUCGUGACUUUGAAGCAAAGAGGAAGAUUUCAGGGUAUUCUCGGUGCUCAAAUUGGUAUUGGAAAUGCCGUUGGUCCUUUUCUUAUGGCGGCAUUUGCUGAACACCAUUCAUGGCGAGAUUUCUACUAUUUCCUUGCCCCAACAAACUUACUCGUUAUAACUGCAAUCUGUUUUGUGGUGAAGAGCAAAAAGUCGUCGACCGUAUUGACCAGGUCUCAAAAAUUCAAAAAGAUAGAUUACUUGGGGCUUGUGUUCAGUACAGCUUCUUUGACUUUAUUGUUGAUCCCAGUGAGUGGUGGUGGCUCGACAUAUGCAUGGAAUAGUUCUUUGGUCAUUGUCCUUUUCAUAAUAGGUGGAUUGUGCAUGAUACUGUUCAUCCUUAUAGAAUGGAAGGUACCACCAUUGCCUAUGAUUCCACUCAGACUCUUUGGCUCUGCUCUGUUAUCAUUGUUACUUUUCUUCAAUUUCUUAUACGGAAUGGCAUACUAUGCUUUUCAGUACUAUCUUCCUUACUACUUCCAAAUCAUUCGGCAAGAUAGUUCUCUCAGAACUGCAGUUUUUCUUCUUCCAUUGGUGCUCACUCAAUCGGUUCUGUCGACAGUUGCUGGCAAUUUGAUAUCAAUAAUGGGACACUACAAGAUUGUGCUUUGCUGUGGAUUUGGUAUAUGGACGCUAGGAUACGGUUUGCUUUGUAUUUGGACCAAGAGCACCCCAGCGGGUCCUUUAGUGGGUAUCCUUCUUGUCAUUGGAAUCGGUGCCGGCUGCAUCUUUCAACCUUCAAUGGUUGCAAUACAGGCCCAUGCGAGGAAGGCAGACCGUGCUGUGGUGAUACUGGCGAGAAAUGUGCUUCGGUCCUUUGGAGGUGCUGUUGGUAUUGCUGUAGGGUCGUUGAUUGUAUCCAACAGUCUUUUGAAAGAAGUCAAUGAGGAAUUGAACCACCCCAGAAUUCCCGUGGAAUACUUGCAUUAUUUGAAAGACCAUAUUUACAGCAAGAUUAGCAUCACCGGGUUGUCAGACUCUGAAGUUAGCAUCGUGAAAGACAUGUACAUGUCGGCCAUCAAGAACUUUUUUUAUGCUAUCAUACCUAUAAUUGGCGUGUGUUUCGUGGGAUCGUUAUUCAUUAAGGAUCGUGGUUUGCAGUGUAUCGAUGAGAUUGUUACCACCGACAAGGAUGAAAACCAUUAG